AAGAUGGGAAUAAGAAAUAUUAACUUUCAUGUUCAUCAAGACAAUAUGGAUGUUUGCUUUGAUCAAACUCCAAAUUUCAUUGAAUGGUUAAAACCAUCAUCUAAUAAUUCUUCUCCUUCUUCUUCAUCUUCAUCCACCAUCAUUCAAUCAAAUCCCAUGACUACUUUCUUGAAACUUCCUCACCUAUACAAUCCACAAGAAAUUCAAUGUUUGCCUCUUCUAAGCAAAUUAACCGAUCCGAAAACGGAGAAGAAGGAGGAAGAUUAUCAAGUGAUGAAGGAAGAAAAUAUGGAGAAAGUUAGAGUGUCUUUGCAUAUAGGGCUUCCUGAUGUUGAUGAAACAAAGCCUUUUAGCAGCUACAAGAAGGAAGAAGAAAAUAAGGAGAAAAAUAGUACUAUUAUUAAUAAGGGUUGCAAUUUCAACAGUGAGAGUAGGUUUUGGAUCCCAACUCCAGCUCAAAUUCUUGUUGGUCCAAUGCAAUUUGCUUGUAAUAUAUGCAACAAGACCUUUAAUAGGUACAACAACAUGCAGAUGCACAUGUGGGGGCAUGGUUCUGAAUAUAGAAAAGGACCAGAAUCACUUAGAGGAACACAACCAGCAGCAAUGCUAAGGCUACCAUGCUAUUGUUGUGCUCAAGAGUGCAAGAACAACAUCAACCAUCCAAGGGCAAAACCAUUAAAAGAUUUUAGGACCCUUCAAACUCACUACAAGAGGAAACAUGGUACAAAAUCAUUUAGUUGUAGGAAAUGUGGCAAGACAUUUGCAGUUAAAGGAGAUUGGAGGACACAUGAGAAGAAUUGUGGGAAAUUAUGGUAUUGCAUUUGUGGUUCUGAUUUUAAGCACAAGAGGUCACUUAAAGAUCAUAUUAGGUCAUUUGGUAAAGGCCAUUCUCCUCACCCUUCACUUGAUGGAUUUCAAGAUAAGUAUUGCAUUAAUAGUAGUACUGGUGGAUCUAGUGAUGAUGAUGAUGAUGAAGUUAAUUGAGGAAUUUAUUAAAAUUAUUCUUCAAGAGUAAUUAAGAAUUUCUCCCUUGCUAAUUCAAAUGAAAUUCUUGACUACUCUUGGAGUUAACAUAAGUUGGAUAUGUUUACUGCGUUUGAGUUUUAUACAUCCUCAUCAGUAUAAAUACUUUUCACACCAUCCGGUCAUUCAAAUCUAAAAUAAGAUAUGUUACCUGCUACGACAGGUUAAAAUGACCUGAUUGUGUAAAAAUUGUUUACAUUGAAGAGUUAUGUUACUUUUUUUUUUUUUUCUCUUUUUUUUUUGUGUGUGUGUGUGUUUGAUGGAUGGUGCAGCCCUGGCAAUUGCUCAGCAACAAAAAAACCUCAGGAAGGGAGGGGUUUGUUGAGGAGCAUUAGCAUGGUGGUGAUCAUGAAUAAGUAGUAUUACUUAGAUAUAUAUGGUUUUAUAUAUUACUUUUUUUUUUUUACUAAUUUUGUGUAUUUUGUAACAAUAAGGGUGAUGACCUUAUAAAACAUUAAAGUACAUGAAGCAGGUGAAUUUUCUCCUUGGCUGUGCUACUUAGCUAAUAAGUUUAUUGGAGAAAAUUUAUCAGCUUCAUUGCUAACUUGUAAUGUUUCAUAGUGUAAUGAGUUGAGUUUAAUUGUG